AUGCCCAUGCGUCAAGAUGAGCAGGGAACAGAACCUCAACCGCGAGAACUGCAAGACAAUGGACCUGACCAGAAACUGGAGCGGAAAGCGCUUUGUCCGGAGAGUAGGGCAACAUCCAACCAGGGCGCCUUCGAGACUUGGGAAGAUAUGAAACAAGCAGUGGAUCAGCAGGUCGAAGUACCUGUGAAAAGGGGCCGGGGUCGUCCAGUUGCAAGUGGCACGAGCGUAUCUUUGCGCCCUACUUGUCCCCGCUGCCAUCGAUCCUAUACGAAAGCGUAUAUCAAACAGCAUAUCCUCCGCCAGCACUUCGGCAAAGACACAAUCCCCACAGUACAGUGGGAAAAGUCAGGGAAACGAAAGGCCAUCAUCCUGGACAAUUCGUCCGACGACGCGGAAUGCAUGACCGACGAUGACAUGGGACUUCAGAGGCAGCCCGCUGAACAACGAAAGGGUACGAUCACAAUUUCAGUGAACAACCUCGACGUGACACUGCCGCGACAGGAGGAUAGUAAGGAGCAAGUGUCUCUGCUGGAGUAG